UCUGCCGCUCCCGAUUGGCCGGACUCGGGAUUCCCGGCCGCUGAUUGGCUCCUGCGCUCCCCGUUUCACACGGUCCUGCGAUGGUGUUCAGCGUGGGCUGCGUGUGCCUGUGACAGCCCCGCAGCUUCGGGGCAGAGACAGCUGGGCUCGUUAGGGGGGUUUGCAUAGUCUCAGCCCAUCUGCUGUGAUACAAUAGAGGGGCUUGUCGAUUGCAACCGCUCGCUUUACAGCAAGGGGAGAAGGAAGGGAGGAAGCCAACCACCAAAAAAAAAAAAAAAAAAAAAGGGAACUCGUGAAAUUUGUUCAGAAACAUAACAGGAGGAUGAGUGUGGUCCCCCCUCUCAGUCACUCGGAGGUCUUUGGUCAGCUGAGGAAGGAGCUGUUCGACGAGGAACAGUUCAGACAGUCCGACACACACAUCUUCUUCAUCAUGGGGGCGUCAGGUGACCUGGCGAAGAAGAAGAUCUACCCCACUCUCUGGUGGCUGUACCGGGAUGGGCUGCUCCCUGCGGACACUCACUUUGUUGGAUUCGCUCGCUCCAAACUGACCGUGGAGGACAUUCAGAAGCAGUGCCAGCCAUACAUGAAGGUAUCGGAGAUGGACUCCUCCAAGCUCACUGAGUUUUUCUCUCGUCACGCCUACCUCUCCGGCAGCUACAACGACCGCGCGGCGUUCCAGCGCCUGAACCAGCGCGUGGGGGAGAUUCCCAACGGAGACGCAGCCAACCGCCUCUUCUACCUGGCACUGCCCCCGAGCGUGUACGAGGACGUGACCCGCAACAUCAGCCUGGAGUGCUUGAGCACCGAGGGCUGGAAUCGCGUGAUUGUGGAGAAGCCCUUCGGGAAGGACCUGCAGAGUUCGGACCAGCUUUCCAACCACCUGUCCUCCCUGUUCAAAGAGGGGGAGAUCUACCGCAUUGAUCAUUACCUGGGCAAAGAGAUGGUGCAGAACCUCAUGGUGCUGAGGUUUGGGAAUCGGAUCUUCGGCCCGAUCUGGAACCGGGACAGUAUCUCCUGCGUGGUCCUGACCUUCAAAGAGCCGUUCGGGACCGAGGGGAGGGGAGGGUACUUUGACGAAUUCGGGAUAAUCAGGGAUGUCAUGCAGAAUCACCUGCUUCAGAUGCUGUGUCUCGUUGCCAUGGAGAAGCCGGUCUCGCCCAAUUCUGAUGAUGUCAGAGAUGAGAAGGUGAAGGUGUUGAAGUGCGUGCGGGAGGCCUCUCUGGACGAUGUGGUUUUGGGGCAGUACGUGGGGGACCCCGAGGGAGAGGGCGAGGCUCAGAAGGGGUACCUCGAUGACCAGACCGUCCCCAAGGGGUCCCGGACCCCCACCUUCGCCACGGUGGUGCUGUAUGUGCAGAACGAGCGCUGGGAUGGGGUCCCCUUCGUGCUGCGCUGUGGGAAGGCUUUGAAUGAGCGCAAGGCAGAGGUGCGGCUGCAGUUCUGCGACGUUCCCGGAGAUAUCUUCGAUCGGCACUGCAAGAGGAACGAGCUCGUGAUCCGAGUGCAGCCCAACGAGGCCGUCUACGCCAAGAUGAUGACCAAGAAACCAGGCAUGUUCUUCAACCCAGAGGAGAGCGAGCUGGAUCUGACCUACGGGAGCAGAUACAAGGAUGUGAAACUCCCUGAUGCCUAUGAACGUCUCAUUCUCGAUGUGUUCUGUGGCAGCCAGAUGCACUUCGUACGUAGUGAUGAGCUGCGGGAGGCUUGGAGAAUCUUCACCCCUCUCCUGCACAGGAUCGACUCGGAGGACAUCCGGCCUGUUCCCUACACCUAUGGGAGUCGAGGCCCAGAUGAAGCUGAUGAGUUGUUGAAGAAAGUCGGGUUUAGUUAUGAAGGGACCUACAAGUGGGUCAACCCACACAAGCUGUGAGCCGGAACCAGAACCACCGGGCUAUGUGCGUGUGCGUGCGUGAGUGUGUGAGCGUGUGUGCGCGUGAGUGUCUGGGGGGGGUCUCUCAUGUAGAUUGUAUUACGAGAUCGCUUCAUUAAUCUGAUUCAGAUAUUUUUAACCCUCAUCGACACACAGAUUCACGUCCGUCUUAAUUAUAAUUAUCUUUUGGGGUUGCGGUCCAAGGGAAUGAUUUGCUUAAAAUUAAAUAUUAAAAAUAAUUAUAUAUAUAUAUAUAUAUAUAACUAGCUAUGCUAUAUAAAGAAAAUCAAGUGAUCAUUUUACUAGUUCGCUGAAUACAUUGUGUGUAUGUAUAUAUAAUUGCUGCUUGUGUAUCCCUUAGCUGGAGGAUAUAGUUUGGGGUGCUGGAUGAUAUUAGAGGGGUCCUCCCUGAGCGAUCCUGCAGCCCUGUAGAUCUGGGGGUUACACACACCGAGCAUCAAAAGGAACUUAACACUGUUAUAACACAUUUAUUUUCAGAAAACAAGGUAUAUAAAUGAUGGACCUUGACGAAAUGUUUUUCUUUCUAAUCACUCGAUUGUUGAUCCUUGCCCACGCUUGAGUGAUUGAAGCUCUUAAUCACCUAAUUAGUGAGCCAGUUGAUUGGACGCUGGAUGUGGAGCGAUUUCAGCUGUCGAAUUGCAAGCUUGAAUAAAAGCAUUAAAGAAAAUCACAGAAA